AUGGAUUCUCAGGUCUUGGUGGCUCUGGCUCUCUCACUUGUGGGUGGACUGAGUACUUCAAUCGGUGCACUUUUUGUAGUUCUCAAUGAGGCUCCCAAUUUGAAGAUACUUGGGCUUUUACAGGGUUUUGCUGCAGGUUUGAUGCUAAGCAUAUCAUUCCUAGAUUUGGCUCACAAUGCUAUAAAUUCGAUUGGCUUUUUAAAAGCCAACCUAUGGUUUUUUGGCGGUGUCAUAUUCUUUGGUAUCAUUGCCAAUUUUAUUCCAGAACCAACACUUGCUCCUAGUUCAGAUGUGAGAGGUAAAAAGAAAAGUGGGGAUGAAGGGGGCAAGGACACUUUGAAGAAGCAUCGCCGCCAAGUUCUAUACAGUGGGAUAAUUACAGCAAUAGGCAUAAGUUUACACAACUUUCCAGAAGGAAUGGCCGUGUUCCUUGGAUCAAUGAAGGGUCUUCGUGUUGGUGUCAACUUGGCCUUGGCCAUUGCCUUACACAACAUUCCAGAGGGCGUUGCUGUUGCACUUCCUGUUUACUUUGCAACACAGAGCAAAUGGCAGGCAUUCAAAUUGGCAACACUUUCUGGUUUUGCUGAGCCUUUGGGUGUCAUAAUUGUAGCCUAUCUAUUUCCAAGCAGCUUGAGUCCUGAUAUUCUUGAAGGCUUGCUGGGAGCAGUUGGUGGAGUAAUGGCUUUUCUAACCCUGCAUGAGAUGCUUCCCUUGGCAUUUGAUUAUGCGGGGCAGAAGCAAGCUGUCAAGGCCGUGUUUUUGGGAAUGGCCUUCAUGUCUGCAAGCCUCUACUUUCUCGAAAUCAGCCUACCUCAGGAGAUGAGCUUGUAG